AUGAAACCUAAUUCUUGUGACACCUUUGUGGCAUUGCCUCCUGCUACAGUUGGCAAUAGGAUUAUUUUUGGGAAAAAUUCAGAUAGACCCUUCGAUGAAGUACAAGAGAUUAUUUAUUUUCCUGCCACAACUCACAGCCUUGAAAAAAAACUUGAGUGCACGUAUAUUGAAAUUGAACAAGUGGCAGAAACAUAUGCUGUUGUACUAAGUCGGCCAUCUUGGUUAUGGGGUGCAGAAAUGGGAGCCAAUGAACAUGGAGUUUGCAUUGGAAAUGAAGCUGUAUGGGGAAGAGAAGAAGUACGUGAGGAAGAGGCAUUACUUGGCAUGGAUCUUGUCAGGCUUGGACUUGAAAGAGCUGAUACAGCUGAGAAAGCACUCAUCACUAUUGUUGAUUUACUAGAAAAAUAUGGACAAGGUGGAAAUUGUUCAGAGAAUAUGGUAUUUAGCUAUCACAAUAGUUUUCUGAUAGCUGAUAGGCAUGAAGCCUGGAUUCUUGAGACUGCAGGACAAUAUUGGGCCGCAGAAAAAGUAGAAGAAGGAGUUCGUAAUAUUUCUAAUCAACUCUGUAUAACAACCAAGAUUGACCGAGAACAUCCCAAAAUGAGAGAAUAUGCUAAGAGCAAAGGUUGGUGGGAUGGUGAAAAGGAAUUUAAUUUUGCUGCUAUAUACGCCUAUCCUAAUAGUUCUGGGAUUAUUACUUUAUCUGAAAGAUACUGCGAGGGUAACAAGCUACUGAACAAACACAAAGGAAAUAUAACUUCUGAAAUAAUGAUGGAAAUUCUCCGAGACAAAGAGAGUGGCAUUAACAUGAAAGGAGCAUUUCAGACUACUGGCAGCAUGGUUUCCAUUUUACCUUCAGAUCCCAGCCUUCCAUGUAUUCAUUUCUUUACAGGAACCCCUCAUCCUGAAAGAUCUGUUUUUAAGCCAUUCAUUUUUGUACCAAAUCUCACUCAUUUACUAGAAACGAUUUCACCAACAUUUGGACUUGAAGAUCCAGUUAAAAAGCAUCCACGUUUUCAGAGUAAAUGUGACAGAAGGCAUACUCUUUACCAGAAACAUGGUCAGGCAAUAGAAAUAAUGGAUGCUGAUGAGGAAAAAGGCAGAAAAAUGCUGGAAGAGAUGAGGAUACUGGAGAAAGAAAUACUCAAAGAGAUGGAAUCAGUCCUUCAGAAUAAGUGUCUUGAUGAGAACAGAACUAUUAAUCUUUUUUCUCAAUGUGUCAAAAAUGAAAUGAAAAUUUAUGGGCCAAUUAUUGGCUCUCCGUAAACAUACCAAGUUCAGAGGUCUCCUUCAAAGGCAGUCCUAAGAUAUUAAAUCUUAAUUCUGAGUUCAGUAGACUUGAUCAGUUUUUAGUAAUAUUCAGGUAGCUGAUAUUUAAUCUGAUUAUUAGUAAAACUGUCAAGCCAUUAUCUUUCUGGGAUACUAAAAAAGAAAGUAAAGUUCACAUGAAUUUUAA